AUGAUGCUCAAAUCUUGCCUGUUCCCAUCCCUCGCAGUCGAGCUCGUCGAGCUUAUCGCUCGUUAUGUAGAUGCCGACACCUUGAUGAGACUACGUCUCGUCUGUCGCGACCUGCAGAAGAAAACCUUCAACCAGUUCGCGCGUCGCUGUUUCUCUUCGAUCAAGACAGAUCUCUCAGAAGAAAGUCUCGGUCGCAUCGAUGCCCUCUCCCAUCAUGAAGCGCUGCGACCCUAUGUUCAUGGUUUAGCAUUUAUGCUUCAAAAUGGAGUGGGUCGUGGCUUGGUGUGGGAUCGCCACCCGUGGGGUCCUUUAUCCGCGCCGAUGGAGGUGGAAGCAAUCAAACGCCUCCGAGAUAACUUGGUUAACCACUUAACAAAUUGUCGUUCAUUUUUUAUCUUUUGUCGCUAUCCCGAAGGUCAUCCAGAUAUGAGUCGCGUGACCAUCACCGAUGCCGUCGCUGUAUUUUUCGCUCUCGUCGUUGAUUCUCGUCUGCCAGUCUCGUCAUUUCAUUUGAUCUACGCCAAUCAGCAAUCUCGGACAUUGAUGAUGGAUAUGCGCCGGUUGCCAAAACUCUUGUAUCGGCAACCGAAGUUCCGAAUAGUGUGGUCUAAUUUGCAGAAACUCUCCCUGGAGCAGUAUCUCACUCUUGAUAAUUUCGGCUUUCUUCUGGAGUUGGUCUUGAGUGCCCCAAACCUCAAAACAUUGCUAUUGAAUCUGGGGUCCCAUGAUUUAGCUGCGGAGUUUAUGCAUGAGCUAGCGGAGGCAGCCACGUUCUCCCAAUUACAAGAACUAGCCUUGUUCCGCACGGCUGUGAGAGCACCGGAUCUUCACAUGCUGAUUGAUGGCCUUCGUGGGACAAUGCAGGCUCUCACUUUGUAUCAUGUUUCGUUAGCACCAGAUGACAGCUGGGCUGCUGUUCUUAAGGAUCUCAGUCAUGAUUUCCUGGCUCUGCAGAGAGUCUCUUUGUAUUAUCUUUGGAACAGCACCCCAGCUACACAGCUGAUAUCCUUCCCCGGACUUCACAAAGCGCCACUAAUUUGUGAAACACCCGUCCAACGACUCCAAAUGUUCUACUCGGAGAAUCCGAAGAGUCCGGCUGUUCUAGGCGUUGAGUAUUCCGGGUCGAAGAUGUCGCAGUUCUUAGGCCUGUUGCAGAAGACGGCCAUAUGUACCUGA